AUGGAGAGAGAGCGUGAACCUUCGGAGCAAGCGGUGAAUCUACGGGCAGUUUCCUCCAAAAACGGCGGGGAAAUCGUUUCCGAUGAACCGAUGGGGAUGGUUAACGCUAUGGCGAUGGAUGAGAGAGAGCAUGAACCUUGGGAGAAGUUGCAGGAGCAAGUGGUGAAUCCAUGGGCCGAUGAGUCGCUGAUUGAUCGUGUUCAGAGACUGACUUCUCGUCAACCGCACGUAUUCCUCCGUCGCGGUGUCUUCUUCGUCCACAAGUGGUGGGUCGAUACAAGGGUCUUACUUGUUCUUUAUGCUUCAAUUGGUGGCUUGCAAGAGACCUUCAAGGUCCCCCUCGUUAUACAGCUUACGGACGAUGAAAAAUGCAUCUGGAAGAACAUUACGGUAGAGGAAAGUCAAAGACUUGCCAGAGAAAAUGCCAAAGAUAUUAUCGCCUGCGGAUUCGAUGUAACUAAGACCUUCAUUUUCUCUGACUUCGAUUAUGUUGGCGGUGCUUUCUAUAAAAACAUGGUGAAGGUUUCAAAGUGCUUGAGUCUUAAUAAGGCUAAGGCAACCUUUGGCUUCAGAGAUAAAGAUCCUAUUGGAAAACUCAGUUUCCCUCCUGUGCAGGAUCCUUAUUUUAGGAUGACUCGCGACAUUGCACCCGGGUUAGGCUAUUGCAAGCCUGCUUUGAUUGAGUCUUCAUUUUUCCCUGCUCUGAAGGCAAGUACUUUCUUAAGUAGUCUAGAGUUACUGCAUGCUUAUAGCUUGUACAACAGACCUUCAUGCUUUUCAGCUAUUGAAUGCCUUGUUCACUUCUCGCAGGGAGAGAAUGGAAAAAUGUCUGCUAGUGAUCCAAAUUCCGCUAUCUAUGUGACUGAUACUGCAAAGGACAUUAAAAAUAAGGUAAACGGUGCGGUUAGUGGUGGGAAAGACACGGUCGAGAAGCAAAUAUUAUUAGGGGCAGACCUCGAGGAAUAUGGAGAGGGGAGAAUGCAAACCGGAGCAGUAAAAGGUCGUCUUGUUGAAGUUUUAACAGAAAUGGUGGAGAGACAUCACAGAGCUCGAGCUUGCGUUACUGAUGAGAUGGUGGAUGCGUUCAUGGCCGUGAGACCACUUCCAAACAUGUUCGAGUAA